AAAACCAGGAAGUAAAUUCAGACCGGCUGCUGCUGCUGCUGCUGAAGAUGUUGACUUUUAGUUUAACACUCGUGAGACAUGGGGAAACACAGUACAACAGAGACAAGCUGCUACAAGGUCAAGGUGUGGACACGCCGCUGUCAGAGACAGGUGUGCAGCAGGGUGAGGCAGCGGGACGAUACCUCCACGACAUCGCGUUCACCAAUGUGUUUGCCAGUAACUUACAGCGGGCCGUGCAGACGGCUGAAAUAAUCCUGAGGAACAACACUCACUGCUCCGGCGUGGAGAUGCUGUUGGAGCCGUUACUGAGAGAGCGGAGUUUCGGCGUCGCAGAGGGGCGUCCCAAAGAGCAUCUGAAGAACAUGGCCAACGCUGCGGGUCAGUCGUGUCGGGACUACACUCCACCAGGAGGAGAAACCCUAGGUCAGGUGAAGCUACGAUUCAAAAAAUUCCUCCAAGUCCUUUUCAAGCAAAUGUUGAGUGAACACGGGUCGUCGGGCUCGGGUUCCUCUGCCGGAGCGUCAGGAGACGGGGUUUCUGUAAACGGCUCUGCUGCUUCUGCUGCUUCUGCUGCUUCUGCUGCUGCUUCUGCUGCUGCUUCCUCUGCUGCUUCCUCUGCGGAAGGCGCCUCGGUUGGUUCGGCCGAUGAAGGUCUGGAGGGACUGUCGGUCCACGCUCUGGUCGUGUGCCACGGCGCUUACAUCCGCGUGGCCGUGCGGCACCUCAUGGAGGACUUAAAGUGCUCCGCUCCUCCAGGGAUGAAGACGUCUCAGCUGAUGUCCCCCUGUCCAAACACGGGCAUCAGCCGCUUCCUCUUCACUCUGAGCCAGACCGAGUCCGGCCCGGUCCUCUCCUCCACUCGUUGUGUUUUCACCAACAGAAAACUUCACCUGGAAAAGCUCAUGGAUCAAAGUGUGUAGCAGUCGAGACCCACUGAGAUUUAUUAGCCAAAGAGAUUUGAUGAUUAUUAUUGUGUGGGUGUGUGUGUGUGUGUGUGUUAGACUCCAAACAGAGAUUUAGACAUUUGCUUUCCUGAAUGUUGAGAGAGAAACCGAGAGACAAGAGUCGAGUCGAGUCGAGUCGAGUCAAGUCGAGUCGAGUCGAGUUGAGUCGAGUCGAGUCGAGACUGCGUCGUGUAAAAUGCAUCACAGGGAAUCACCGUCAGUGUCUGAGUUCAGGCGUUCCUGUGUAAACACGGC